AUGUCAUCAGAAAAAUCAGGUCUCCCGGAUUCGGUUCCUCAUACUUCUCCUCCCCCUUACAAUGCCCCCCAGCCCCCAGCCGACCCCCCUGCCCCUCCUCCUCAGGCGCCCUCCGCUUCCCAUCACCACCAUCACCACCACUACCACCAGUCGGGCACCGCCACACUCCCAAGAUUAGGGGCUGGUGGGCUGGCUUCUCCAGCAGCCCCUGCCCAACGGGGCCCCUCGUCCUCUGCUACGUUGCCCCGCCCUCCUCACCACGCCCCCCCAGGACCUGCCCCUGGGGCUCCUCCUCCUGGGUGCGCUACUCUGCCCCGCCUGCCCCCAGACCCUUACCUCCAGGAGACCCGCUUUGAGGGUCCGCUGCCCCCUCCCCCUCCGGCAGCCGCCGCCCCGCCCCCACCUGCGCCUGCUCCUCCCGCUCCUGCACAGGGUUUUGUGGUGCCCACACACCCAGGUACCGUGGGUACGCUGCCCCUUGGAGGCUACGUGGCCCCUGGGUACCCCCUGCAGCUGCAGCCCUGCACCGCCUAUCUGCCCGUCUAUCCCGUGGGCGCCCCAUACACAGGAGGAGCGCCGGGAGGGACUGGAGUGACCCCUACGCUUUCCCCUCCACCCUUGGGCCCUGGGCUAGCCCUAUUAGAGCCCAGGCGCCCGCCCCACGAUUACCUGCCAAUAGCAGUGCUCACUACAAUCUGUUGCUUUUGGCCGACUGGCAUCAUAGCUAUCUUCAAGGCGGUACAGGUGCGGACUGCCGUGGCCCGUGGAGACAUGGUGUCAGCGGAGAUCGCAUCUCGAGAGGCUCGGAAUUUCUCCUUCAUCUCCCUGGCCGUGGGCAUCGCAGCCAUGGUGCUCUGUACCAUUCUCACGGUGGUUAUCAUCAUAGCUGCGCAGCACCACGACACCGACUGGGAUCCUUAGGGACUUCCCUCCUCCUUCAGCCUGGAGACUCCUUCAAUCCGAUUUCCUGGGAUUCCCCUUCCCCUCCCCUAGUGAUGACCUUCCAAUCCCCUAUCCUCCCCCCAAAACCAGACCAACCCGUGGAGCCUCCAAAGCUGGAAACACCCCUAAACCUGGCCAGGAUGUUUCCCAUUAGAGGAAACUGUAAAUCCAGAUCCCCAGGAAUUUCCUAAAUAUGGCCUUUGGGAAAUUUCCAAAACCCAGUUCCCUUGAGCCUCAGAACCUACAGUCAGAUACAGAAUCUUGCAGCUCCCCAUUGGUUCAGGCUAUCAGGAACCACAACCUCCCCAAGGUCCAGCAUACAGACUUCCCUUAUCUCUCUGGGCUAAUUUGAGCCUCAGAGGUCAAUCCCCUACAUGGUUUGCCCCCAGCCUUUAGCAAAGCUUCUCCUUUGGCUCCUGGUGUUAUACUCUACUUGCUUUUCAGGCCUUUCCCACUUUCUGGGGGACCUGUGCCAACUCUAGGUAUGCCUGUACGGUCCCAAGCUCCCAUGACAGCCAGGGAGGCCCUCUUCUCCUUCAUGUUGCCAGACUUUGGGUUACCUUUUAUGUGUGGACUGAGAUGCUGGGGUCUCUGGCUCCUCAACCUCCUCCAGCCUAACCCCAAGAACUAAGCUCCCUUUAUCUCACCCUCCCCAGACAGAGGAGCCAGAAAAGGUGAGGGAAAUCCAUAAACUUUAUUCCCUAUCUCUGGGCAGGGCAAACCAGGCACCUAGGGCUAGGCCUGGAUCCACCCCCUUGUCCUCAGAGGACCCUGACUCUCCAGUCCUCAUCUCCCCACCACCUGCUAGGGCUGCUCCCUACCCUUUCCCAUACAGUGUUUGACAAACUGUACAGUCUCAAAGAUGGUGUGAUAUUCCCAGAGAUGAGAUUAAAGAGACCUUGUGGUUUUAUUGCCCCAAA